AGAUGAAUCAUGAUACGCGUUAUUUUCAUUCAGUGCUAUCCCAGCAAGACGAUCAGCCAGCAAGCUUGUUUACCAAUGAUUUCUUACAUGUUUCUCAACGUCCACUAUUGGUCCAGCUGUCCGUUUUGACCGCGUUGAUAUAGACAAAAUGAGUUCCCUAAUUCCGCACGUAAGCGUUUUAGUUUGUUUAGCGGCGACCUUCGUAUCGUCGAAUAGCAAAGUUUAUCUGGCUUCUGGAAAAGAACCGUACGGGGAAGCUUCGAGUUCGACAAACUACCUAUCAAAACUCGGAACCAAAGAUCUAGAAGCUGCUGUCCAAUAUGGCGUUACGCAAAUCAGUAUGCUUGCCAGAUACGAAAACACGUUAUCUUACGCCGACGUUAACGUUAAAGACGGAACACCGGCACACGGACAACUGAUCGACUCAAAGCCAACUGUUGCCGGUCACCAGGCAUCCCGCGACGCCGAAAUAAUCCUUAAGGCAUCGCAGUACUUGGUCAACAAAUAUUGCUUGAGGUUCGGCGUGCGACAGGCUCAAUGCGCCCGGGAACUGGCCAAGGUGAAGUUGGACCAGACUUCUUUGGGCAAAACGUGCGUUGCUGUUAACCAAAACCCACACGCUUGUGACGGUCAAAACACCAAGUACCGCAGUGCAGACGGAUCGUGCAACAACUUAAAACAUAGCACUUGGGGAAAAUCCAACACGGCCUACAAGCGUUUGCUGUUCCCCGACUACGGAGACGGACUGAGCUCAAUCAAGGAGCUUCCAAACCCCAGAGUGCUCAGCAAUAAUUUUGUGGAUGACGGGAACUCGCCGGAAAACUUCAAGACCCUGGCCAUGGCGCUUUGGACUAUUUUCGUAGGCCACGACCUGUCCCAUACGGCCGUCACCAGCAUGCUGAAAACGAACAAAUCCGUGGACUGCUGUAGCGAAAACGGCGUGAAAUUGGCUCCUCGUCACACGCAUCCGUCUUGCGCGCCUAUCUCCAUACCCGCAGACGAUCCGUUUUUCUCUUCCAAGCACCGUACUUGUAUGAACUACGUCCGUUCGGUUCCUGCCGUUCGGCCCGAUUGCACUUUCGGACCCAGGGAACAGCUCAACCAAGCCACGCACUAUAUGGACGCAUCCAUGAUUUACGGCACAUCGGCCAAACAAUCGAUGGCUCUCAGACAGAAAUCGGGAGGCCGCAUGCUGAUAUCCGGUGACGACCAGAUAUCGUCGUACAUGCCUUUGCACGUGAACGCGUCUGGUUUGUGUCAGUCGGGCGACAAGUGUUACGUCGCCGGCGACGCCCGGGUGAACGCGCAUCCCCAUCUGACGGUCAUGCACACACUGUGGAUGAGAGAGCAUAACCGGAUCGCUGACCGGCUGGCGCAGAUGAACCCGCGCUGGGACGACGAGCGGGUAUAUCAGGAGGCGAGGAAAAUUGUCACGGCCUCGAUACAGCAUAUAACCUACAACGAAUGGUUGCCAGCAUUGAUGGGCAACAAGUUUGUCAAGAAAAACGGAUUGGAACUGUUAACGUCUGGUUACAGCACGUUUUACGACCCGGACGCAAACCCGUCGGUUAGCAACAGUUUCGCCACGGCCGUGUUGCCAUUUGCCAACUCCAUGAUUAAUGACAAUUUGGGCUUGUACGUCGAGAACCGCACAGCCAACAGCAGUGUGUCGCUGAAAGACCAUUUCAACAGGCCGGCCGACGUGCAAAUUAAUUACCUGGAUGAACUCAUCCGAGGGUUGACCAUGCAAAACGCAGAGAAAAUAGACAUGAAGUAUACAAAAACCAUGACCAACUACCUGUUCAGCGAUCCGGACAACCACGAACUCGGCGGAAUGGAUGUGGUCAGCUUGGAUAUACAACGUGGCCGGGAUCACGGUCUGCCGAGUUACACUCAGUUUAGAAAAUAUUGCGGACUUGAAGAUCUCAACAGUUUUGACGAAUUCUUGCAGGUCAUGGUCAAAGAAUCGAUCAAUAAGCUAUUGAAACAAUAUAAAAGCGUGGACGACGUGGACCUGAUAAUAGGGGCUCUGUUCGAAAAGUCCGAACCCGACUCGAUGGUGGGUCCGACCAUGAAGUGCAUUAUUAGAGAACAGUUGACGAGAACUAGACAAGCGGACAGAUUUUUCUACGAUCUACCGGGAGUGUUCAAUAAACAGCAAUUGGCCGAAAUCAGAAGAGUGACACUGGCCAGAGUUUUUUGCGAUAACAGCAACAACGUCAUGUCGAUGCAGCAACGCGUUUUCUAUAAGCCCAUGCCAACUGCUAACGAACUGAUAACGUGUAAAUCGCCGUUAAUACCGAAAAUCAACCUGAAAUAUUGGUUGGAUUAGAGAUACGUCCGUUAAUGGCAUUCUAACAGCCAGUUUGUGCUGGUGCAAAGUCUUACGUUAAUAACUUCCUCUAUUUUUUUUUCUAUUUAUCAUUAAUUUGUUGACUAAUAAUAUGUAAAGCAUACGUCAAUGGUUUGUUUUUAUAAUAACAAGCCGUGUACGUACGCUUAUUAAUAUAACAAACUGAGAUUAACGAACUACCAAAGUCGAAAGUCUGAAGACAAACAGUUUUCAAACAAACCGUAUCGGAAGUAAUAUUAAGUCUUUAAAUAGUUUUUUUUUUUUAAUGAUUAAUUUAUUUUAAUUUUAAGUAUUAUUCGUUUUUAAAUACUGUACUUAACUAUUGCAGCUGCAGUACUAACGAUCAUGGAUUUAUAUCCAAUUUUCCUAUAUAAUACAUUGCGCUAUGUCUGUCAACGACAUAGCAUUAUUGUUUGUACAUUAUGUACAUAAAAAUAUGAUAACGUCAAAAUGUUGUUCUUAUUUUAUUAAUAUUUACUUUUAUUAUUCAGUUGGAUUUUUUUUUUAUUAAUAUAAAAUCAUUGACCAAUAUCUACACUAAAUAGUUUCAACCGCUUAUUCAAAAUAUGUUCUGUUUAGUUUAUCUAGUCCAAAGGCUGAAUAUUGUUUAAUUUACUUUUAUCGUACAGCAACUUGUCCACUUAUUUUUUUAAACACAUUUAUCUACAGCUUUCUAAUUAUUUUAGAUCAUAUUAUAUUCAAAGUACAAUUAUAUUUGAAUACUUGCUCGCUAGAACUGUUUUACGACCAUAAGAGUUUAUCAUCUUAAUUUGGUUUUCGAGCUUUUCAGAUAAAAACAAUAUUUGCUUUUAAAAAGAAUGCAUUUAGGUUUAUUUAUGAUAAUAUUAUUAAAAUAUAAAAAAAUGUCUAGGUACAUUUCGUUUUUAGUAUAGCCAUAUAAAAGUAAAAAAAACAAAAUAUUACUAUUUUCUCUAAUACUCUAAUAUUCAAUAAAUACCCAAAGUUUAGAAGAAAACAAUGAGCACUAAUAAAUGUAAAAAAUAUAUUUAACACAUUAUAGUUUAUAUAUUAUGUUAUUGUUUUCCUUAUAUGUAAAUACCAGCAAUUUGUUUUGUUUUUUAUCGCAAUUUAUAAAUUGCGUAAAUAGCUCUGAUGAACGACGGUAAUCGUCACUAUUAAUACACACAAUGUUAACAUAUUUUUAUAUCUUACCAUGAAGCGUUGAUCAGAACAUUGUUGAAAACAUAACUUCAAACACUGUGACAGUUUUACACUUGUCGUUGAAUGUCGAAGAAUUCAGUUUUAACACUAAUUUUAGACGAUUUUGAUAGGCAUAUAAAUCAAAACAAUAUGACCCAACAGUGUUGUUUUUUUGACACCUAAAACAUUCCGAUUAGAUUAUCUUAAUAAUUUUAAUCAAAAAUACCUACUAUUAUUAUACUGAAGACUUAUGUAACUUAUUAGUUGUAAAUGUGGUUUAUCUUGGGGGUGGACCACAUAAUACAUUUCUUAGAUUCGAUAUCAAACUGACGACAAAUGGACAGUUUU